CUUUCGAAAGCAGAAGAAAUGAGAGAAGAAUCAGUGUCAGUAGGUGGCUGGGACUGGGCACUUCUAUGGGUCACGUUGAGAUGUCGGUGCGGCUCAUAAAUCUGAUGGGGAAAGAAAGUAUAUCCCUGUGCUUGUUUCUGUGUAAGUGGAUAUGAGGAGUGAUAUGAGCUGUAUGAUAACAUUCUAUAAUCUACACAAAAGGGGAAGUCGCUUCAUGCAAAGGAUAAUAAUUAAGCCCUGUGACUCUGCACUUUGCUACAUGCAACAUCGGUGUUGGCGUUAAAAAAUGGAUAGAAGCACAAAUGUGAGGUCGCUUGCAGCACGGUUUAGUUCGGCACCCAGUACCAUGGAGAGCCCAGAGAACUCUCUAGGGGCCCCUGCCUUAAAGGGAAUACAUGCCAAAAUGGCUGGGUUUGAGAAAUUCUCCAAUUCCCCUGCAGGAGUUACAGGGCCUUCAGGGAUUACCCCCAAGAAACCUCCAGCAACAAAACCUGGAUUUAAACCAGUCGCAGAAGAAGCCAAACCGGCUUUUCCAAAACCCAGUGCAGGCGUCAAUCGAACUGUUGGGUCUUUUCAUAACGCCGGCAAGGAAAUGGGUGGAAAAGCUCCUCAUUUAAGACCAGCUGGAUUUCGUACUUUUGAUCAGCAUAAGGAGGAGCCAAAAGGGCCAACUCCAAGGCCUUUGGGCAAUAAGCCCUCACUUGGUGCUUCUCAGGAGACAAAGACAGAAGGCGUCAGGCCAUACCAACAGCUGCAGCACAAAGAAAAUGAGGAAAAACCUGCUUUUCCCAAGCCUUCUGCUUUGAAAAACUUUAACUUGGCCUCAGAAAGUGAACCGAAACCUCCAUUCCCCAAAAAACCUUUAGGAGCAAAACCCUCUGGAAAUUCUGUCCCUUCAGCUUAUGAUAACAAUAAAAGUGCCUUUGGGCCCAAACCAUACUUAGCUCCACAGGAGAGCAAGCCCCUGAAACAGACAAAGGAUCCCCCAGAAACAAAUGAACCACCAAGUUCUGUUCCUCAGACUUUCCCUGGGGUGGCUUUAAAACCCACUGUACCUAAGCCUCUCCAGAGUCCCUUUCUAAAGCAAGCCCAGGAGGAUUCUACUGGAGGAACAAAGCCAAAUGUAUCAGCAAAAGAGUUUUUCAACAAAGCCAACCAAAAUGGUAGCCCUGGGCCAAAUGUGACCAAGUUUCCCAAAGUGCAGACAUUUCAACUUAAUCAAGCAGCCAAUUCCCAGGACAAAUUAAAGGAACAGAAAGAUACCUCCUCAGAACCCAAAAGGAGACCUCUACCACCUUUGUUUAAACUGGGCCCGCCUCCUCAGAAGCCAACAAGGCCUCCUAAUGUAAACUUGGAACAAUUUAAGGGUCCUAAAUGGGCUGGUGGCAACAAAGGAACAGCUAAUGAACACAGAACAUCAGCCUUAUCCAGUGCCUUACCUCCACCUCCUCCAUCUCAGAUAUCUCCAGGGGCACCUCUACCUCCACCUCCAGCCAGUUCUCUCUCAAUCAAAGAGCCGGCACCCUCGCCAUUAUUUCCUAACUUACCUCCACGAAACAUCAGGGCUCCUAUAAACUCGAUACACAACGAUGAUGAAAAUUAUGAUGAUGUGGAAGGUCCUUCUAUUCCUGAAGAAGAGAGCAUAGAAAGUGACGGGGAGCUGUAUGAAGGAAUUCCGGGAGAAAGUGAGGCCUUUGCAAGGCCACAAGAACCAAGGAAUGAGAAGGAGGAGAAGAAGAAAUUGGAACAGCAAAAAAAAGAGCAAAAAGAAAAGGAAAAGAAAGAACAAGAAAUAAGAAAAAAAUUCAAGCUAACAGGUCCAAUAGAGGCCAUUCACCAGGCGAAGGCUUGUACCGAUUAUAAAGGUGGGAAAAAUGAACUCAGUAUAAAGGUGGGAGAUGCAAUUGAAGUCAUUCGCCUUAACAACAAUCCUGAAGGAAAGUGGCUGGCCAGGAUGAACGGCUGUUAUGGUUACAUCAAAACAACAAUGGUGAACAUUGACUACGAUUCACUAAAAAGGAAAAAAUCCACAAUGCACAUGGUCAAACCUACAAGGAUGGAAGGGAAUGAUCAGGAGAUAUAUGAUGACGUUGAGGACAGCAAUAGCAACAAGAGCAGUGGUGGAAGCGGCAGUGCACAUUUUCCGCCUCCCCCUGAUGAUAUCUAUGAUGGAGUGGAUGAUGGGCCAAGUGAUGGCUCUGUACCACAGGAUGAAGACAAAACAAAUGCCUGGAACUGGGGGAUAUUAAAGAAGCUCAAAACUACCGAUUUCAAAAAGAAAAGUGUAUAUAAAUAUUCAGAAAAAGAAGACAGUGAGGAGAAUGAUUUUGUUGUGGUUCCAGCACAGACACCAACAUUCUCUCCAGAUGGAGAUGUUUACGAUGAUGUUGGUGACUUUCCUCCUCCACCUUCUGAAUCCAGCUUAAAGGCCCAUCUGAAAGUAUCAACACUUGGGAGAAACACAGAGAAAGACAACAAGACGUUGAAGAAGCUAGAAAAAGAGGAGAAAGAAUUCAGAAAAAAAUUCAAGUACACUGAUGAAAUUAAAGUUCUUUCUACAACUCAAAUUGCUGCCACUUUAACAACAAAGAAAUUUGGCUCAAAAGAUCUGCAUAUAAAACCGGGAGAGUCACUGGAAAUAAUACAACACACAAAUGAAACUCAAAUUCUCUGUAGAAACAAAGAUGGAAAAUAUGGUUAUGUGCUAAGAAGCAACUUAAGUACAGUAGAAACGGAUGGAGAAAUCUACGAUGACAUCGGAGAAGAUUGUGUCUAUGAUAACGACUGAAGCAAUUUGAACCAAUUUCACCAUCGUUGGGUCCCAUUUGUCUGCUGCUCUCUUCAGCCCAGAAGUCGUGCAGCAGUGUGGCUUGUGCUGACCUGGACCAUUCAGAUAUAUUCUUCAUUCCAUUUCAGCCCCAUAUAUCCCCACUUCUAACCCUAAUCUUAGCCUUGAAGGAUAAGACAUGCAUAUUAAUUGAAAGCAUUUGCAUUAUUUAGUUUUACCCACCAUGAGGUGCUUCUCUAUAUCUGGGCCUUUUUUGCAAUGGCCAGAAAAUCGUUUAUGUCCCGGCGAUAGGAAGAGAGUGUAGAGCAGCCUUUGUGUCUCCUUUUGGGGUUUAUUCUAUCCUACAAAGUAUACAAUGACAUUGUUAGGACAUGGAUUAUUUAAAGAAACAGUCUCCUGUUUUAUCAAAGACUUUUCUUUUUAUGUUUGAAACCUUAAUUUGAUAUGUUUUAAUCAACAACAUUUUUAUAUUUCAAAACUUACCCUAAACCAAAGAGUUAAGGUGGCCAUACACGUUCAGAUUUUUGUCUUCUUCCAAUCGUACGUUUAAAUGCAAUGAUCUAAAACUAACAUUCAGACUAAAAUUCUCCUUAAAAUAACAAAUCGGAGGAUGUCUUGAACAUAAAAUAAUUAUCAGGCAAGAAUCGUACGAAAGUAACAUCCCAGAAAUGCAAUGUAGGUCGCCCAAGGAUAUCGUCAGAUACACAAUAUGUGAAUAGAUUUUAUUGUUAUCUGACCAAAAUAUUCUGUCAGAUCGACUAAGUGACUGAGCGCCAUGGUACGAAAAUUAUCGGGACAAUAAUCAGAGUCCACACACGGUCCAUAUAUCUGUGUGUGUAUGGCCAGCUUUAACAUGCAAACUGAUUUUGGAUCACAAUUCACAAACAGCCAAAUGUGCAGAAAAUAGCGGGCCGGUUUGUACAGGUAAUGCCCAAUUCCACAAAAAAAGAUGCUUUGCAAGGAACUAAGAGCAAAUAAAGCAAUGAAGGAUAUGGCAUCCUAUACAUGGACCCUGUGGAAAAUGGACUACAUAUGUAAAUCGCAAGCAUAAUAGAGAUGGACCCAUUGCAAUUUGCACCCUUGAUGUUAAUAUUGCAUUUUUAAGUCUAUUGUAGUUAACAUUGUUCUUUGUUUUCCUGUUAAAUGCAUUUGUUUUCUAUAUAUAUGGCAGGGAUGCAUUAAACAUAGGGCUCAUUUACUAACAUAGGUGCUAAGCCACACACUGCAGUUUAUCAUAACUACCAAUUGCUAGAAACGAAAAGCAUAUUGGUGGCUAUGGGUAGCUGCGCCAGUACUACUUAGCCACCAUGGUGAUAAAAAAGCCCAAUGUAUUCUGAGAUAUUUAUCAACUACUACCUUAAAGAAAAUAAACAUAAAUAAAUAUUA